AUGGAUGAGGAUCAACUUUUGGACUACGAAGAAGAGGCAGAGGAAACUACGGAAGCAGCAAAACCGGAGAAUGGUACUGCUACUGAGAAGAAGAUGAAGGGUACCUACGCUUCGAUUCACAGUAGUGGCUUUAGGGAUUUUUUAUUAAAGCCGGAACUCUUGCGUGCUAUCGUCGAUUGUGGCUUUGAGCAUCCGUCAGAAGUUCAACAUGAAUGCAUUCCACAAGCAAUUCUUGGGAUGGAUAUUGUUUGUCAAGCGAAGUCUGGUAUGGGUAAAACGGCUGUUUUUGUUCUUGCAACACUUCAGCAACUGGAGCCAGUAGAUGGAGAGGUUUCUGUACUCGUAAUGUGUCAUACACGUGAGCUUGCCUUUCAAAUUUCGAAAGAGUACGAGCGUUUUAGUAAAUAUUAUUCUGGUAUAAGAAUAGCUGUAUUCUUUGGUGGUAUUCCGAUAAAGAAGGACGAGGAAGUUUUGAAAAACAAUACCCCCCAUAUUGUCGUUGGUACUCCCGGUCGAACUUUACAACUGGCUAGGCAGGGCAGCUUAAAACUAAAUAACAUCAAAUAUUUUGUGUUAGACGAGUGCGACAAGAUGAUUGGAGAUGUUGAUAUGCGAAGAGACGUACAAGAAAUCGUGAAAAUGACGCCGCAGGAAAAACAGGUUAUGAUGUUCAGUGCAACUCUCCCGAAGGAUCUUCGUGUGGUCUGCAAGAAGUUUAUGCAAGAUCCUAUGGAAGUGUAUGUUGAUGAUGAGGCAAAGUUAACCUUACAUGGCUUGCAACAGCACUACGUGAAGUUGAAAGAGCAGGAGAAGAAUAGGAAGUUAUUGGAACUGCUCGAUCAUUUAGAAUUCAACCAGGUCGUUAUUUUCGUUCGUUCUGUGCAGCGCUGUGGUGCUCUGAAUACGUUGCUGUCAGAACAAAAUUUCCCUAGCAUUGCUAUCCAUCGUGGGAUGCCACAAGAAGAGCGACUCUCUCGGUAUCAGCAAUUCAAAGAUUUCCAGAGUUAUGUUCAUUGGAAUCACUCCUUCAAUUUCUCCAGGAUAAGCGUAAUCAACUUUGUUACAAAAAUGAUUGCAACCAACCUUUUCGGUCGUGGUAUGGAUAUUGAACGUGUCAACAUCGUUUUCAAUUACGAUAUGCCUGAAGACUCCGACACGUAUCUCCAUAGGGUAGCUCGCGCAGGACGUUUUGGCACUAAAGGGCUUGCAAUAACUUUUGUUUCUGAUGAAAAUGAUGCAAAGAUCCUAAAUGAUGUGCAAGAUAGGUUUGACGUCACCAUCACUGAAUUACCUGAGGAGAUCGAAGUGGGAACUUACCGUAAGUGUUGCAGCUCUCUUAUUUUUUUUUCCUGUUUGCAGGGAAGUUCUAAAUGUUUGGAAGCAUUGCCAGUGAUGCAGAUAUUUCUGAAUGAUUAUUGA